GAGACGCGUAGAGGCGCGACGAGAUGAGAUGAGAGGAGAGGAGGAGAAGAGAGUCAAUCGCGCUCGUCUCGCGAGAAUAGGCGAGGCUGUCGGACGAGAUGUGAGGGACUCAGGUGUAAGACCGCUCCUCAUCCACACACAGCACAGCCAAACAGAGACACACACACACAUACACACACACACACACACACACUGCGGGUAUCUCCUCUGUUCCAUCAGAAGCCGAGCGCUACCGCAUCCGCCUGACUGUUGCGAGACGCCAGAAAAGGAGGCGGGAGGAGCUGGACUCUCGCUUUGUUUUUUGUCCUCUUUUCGUGCACUUUAUCUGAGCCGGAUCCCGCGCAAACAUGAUGUCCAUGAACAGCAAACAGCACCAUUUCGCCAUGCAUCCCAGCUUACCAGAGCACAAGUACACAACUCUGCACUCGAGCUCGGAGGCGAUCAGGAGAGCCUGCCUGCAGACUCCACAGCUACAAAGCAACAUCUUCGCCAGUCUGGAUGAGACGCUCCUGGCCCGCGCCGAAGCUCUGGCGGCCGUGGACAUCGCGGUGUCCCAGGGUAAGAGUCACCCGUACAAGCCCGACGCCACGUACCACACGAUGAACACCGUGCCAUGCUCGUCUGGCUCCACCGUGCCACUCGCCCACCACCACCACCACCAUCACCACCACCACCAGAACCUGGAGCCGCCCGACCUCAUGGAGCACAUCAGCUCGCCGUCGCUCGCGCUGAUGCCCAGCGCGCACGAGGGGGCCGGCGGAGGCGGCGGCGGCGGCGGGGGCUUGAUCUCCACGUCGGCCCACCUGCACUCCCACAUGCACGGGCUCACCCACCUGUCCCACCAGGCUGCUAUGAACAUGAACUCGCCGCUCACUCACCACGGCCUCUUACCGGGCCACCACGGCGGUGCGCACCAGGGCGCGCCGGGACUCGCCAACAACGGACUGCUCUCCAUUAACGACUCGGACACGGACCCGAGGGAGUUGGAGGCGUUCGCGGAGCGCUUCAAACAGCGGCGGAUCAAACUCGGGGUGACUCAGGCGGACGUGGGGGGCGCGCUGGCCAACCUGAAGAUCCCAGGCGUGGGCUGCCUGAGCCAAAGUACCAUUUGUCGCUUCGAGUCUCUAACUCUGUCUCACAACAACAUGAUCGCGCUCAAACCCAUCCUCCAGGCGUGGCUGGAGGAGGCCGAGGGCGCCCAGCGCGAGAAAAUGAGCAAACCCGACAUUUUCAACGGCAGCGAGAAGAAGCGCAAGCGGACCUCCAUAGCGGCCCCGGAGAAACGAUCUCUGGAGGCGUAUUUCUCAGUCCAGCCCCGGCCGUCGUCGGAGAAAAUCGCAGCUAUAGCUGAGAAAUUGGACCUCAAAAAGAACGUGGUGCGAGUAUGGUUUUGCAACCAAAGACAAAAACAGAAGAGGUUGAAAUUUUCCGCGGCGCACUGAUGGACUACUUCUAGAAAAAAAAAAGAAACUGACUUUUGGGGACCAAGGAACAUCGCUUUGGCUCAAACGCGUGUGCUCAUGAUUAGUACCGUUUUAUUUUCACAACUCAUGUUUCUUUUCACUGUACUGGUGAAUGUGAAGUAUGCAAAUAACAGGUAAUCCAGAUGAACUACUUUUCUGGGGUUCAACUCUACUUAGAUA